AUGCGGCGCCUCACAUGUUUAAGUGCUUUCUUUCUAGCCUCAGCUAGUGUGGCUGUCGCGUCCCCUUCAGCCGAGCAAUGGGCCGAGAGGUCGAUCUAUCAAGUGAUGACAGACCGGUUCGCCAGGCCUGCAGGCUCUCCUGGCGACAAGCCGUGCGACCCUUACAGAUAUUGUGGUGGCUCAUGGACCGGGGUUAUUGACAAGUUGGACUACAUCCAAGACCUCGGAUUCACUGCAGUCCAAAUAUCGCCAGUGGUUGAGAACAUCCCAGAUAAUACCGUAUACGGAGAGGCAUACCAUGGCUACUGGCCCCAGAACAUGUACGCUUUGAACGAGCAUUUUGGGACCGCAGAUGAACUCCGAAAACUGUCCAAAGAGCUUCACAAGCGCGGCAUGUAUUUGAUGGUUGACGUUGUGAUCAACGACAUGGCGCAAGCUGUGAACAGUUCAUUAGACAGUGGCUCAAACAUCAACUGGUCACGUCUGAUUCCUUUCAAUGACAAGAAAUACUACCACCCUUUCUGCAGAAUCGAAGACUGGAACAACCCCGACGAGUCCAAGAACUGCUGGUUCAGUACGGAAGUAGUUGCCCUUCCGGAUCUCAAGACCGAGGACGAAAGUGUCGUCUCCAUGAUUGAAAUCUGGGUAAAGGGACUGGUGGGCAACUACUCAAUUGACGGUCUGCGCGUGGACGCUACCAAGCAUAUGGACGAAGCCUACCUGACCAGUUUCAGCGAAGCGGCUGGCGUGUUCACGAUGGGGGAAGUCUACACCGAGGAUACAGACGCCGUCUGUAAAUAUGAGGAGGUUUUAUCGGGUCUCCUGAAUUACCCCAUGUAUCGGCCGAUGGUCCAGGCUUUCACUGCGGGAAACAUGCCCGGUCUUGCUGAAAACGUCCGGGCUGUUAACAGCAAAUGCAAGGAUUUUACUCGGCUGGCUACGUUUACUGAAAACCAUGAUACUCCCCGGUUUGCGUCUCUGAUCAAUGAUACGACUUUAGCCAGAAAUGCAAUGGCUUUCAAUAUUUUAUCCGACGGCAUCCCAGUUGUCUACCAAGGCCAGGAACAACAUAUGAAAGGACCAUACGCCCCCUACAACCGCGAACCACUCUGGAAAACGUCUUACAAUACAAACGGCUCUCUCUACAAGACAACAUCAACACUCAACAAACUUCGCAACCACGCAAUUCGCCUCGACAAGCACUACGUAUCCAGCCACAGCGAAGAGCUCUACCUGGAUGGUUCCACAUAUGUCACGCGCAAGGGCUCAGAAGGCUCUCAGAUUGUCUCUGUUUUCUCGAAUCAAGGGUCUCAAGGCGGACCGUAUAAUCUUAGAAUACCUAGGGCGUAUAAGCCUGGGACUGAGGUCAUCGAGGUACUAAGUUGCAAGAGAGUGACUGCGGAUAACGAAGGGCAGCUUGUUGCCAAAAUGGACAAGGGGGAACCGAAGGCUUUUUUUCCUGUUAAGAAGAUGAAUGGAUCGGGGCUUUGUGGCUUUAAAGGAAGGAGGGGGAGAAAGGGGGCCAUCUGUUCGAGUGCUGGGAAGGGGAAUGGGACAAGGAAGAAUGACACCGUCAACGAGGGUACUGUUGAGCAGACGUCUGCUGGGAAUGGUGCUUCGGUGACUAUUCCUAUGGUUCUUCUAAGUAUAUGCGUCGGACUAGCGGGUUUGUUUCUUUGA